AUGGUGUCCACCGCCAUCUACGGCCUGGUGAUCAGGGGCAACAACAUCCAAGCAGUGACGAAGCGCCACUUCCCGCUUAUAGGGGCGUUGAAGACCGUCGACUUCAGGAAGUGUGCGCGAGACGUUGCGGAGGUCGCGAGGCGCGGCGGCCUGGCGGCAGACAAGGGCGGUGACGUGGAGGAGGCCCACCGCGAGGGUGACGCGAAGGCGGGCCACGGCCGCAGCCGCCUGAGGCGCAGCCUCGCGGAGAUGGGCCUCGUGGGCGCCAUGCGGUUCGCGACGGUGGUCCUCGGCCUCGUCAGCCUGAACCACGUGGCGGCGGCGGCGCGGUGCAGGCGGCCGCAGGCCUGCGAGGCCGCGCUGCGGAGCCUGGAGCGUGGCGAGGCCGCGAGCGCGCCGCCGGGCCUGCCCCGCGGCGCGCAGCGGCAGGCUCGCGAGCGCCAGGCCCUGCCAGGCGCCGCAGGAGAUAUUGGGGCGACGUUCGAUGACGUGGAGGCAGUGGCAAUUACGGGCACUCAGCUGAAGGCCAGGGAGCUCGAAGUACAACGGCGUCGGGACUUCGCGAUCAUUGCGCAGUACUACCCGCCGAAGGUGACGGAGACAAAGAAGCAGCCGGCCUACAAGAGGACGGUGAGGGCCAUGACGCAGUGGCUGUCUAGAGAACUCGCGGCGUGCCCGUCCAGGUCGGUACCGGUGGUUAUGUGUGACUUGAAUGAUGGGAUUGGCUUGAAGAAGAGCGACGAUGACAAGGUGAUAGAUGAGGAGGCUAGUGGACUUAGGAAGUCGGACGCUGAGGGCCCUGCUGGGAAGAGAUGGGUCCACAUGUUGCCUGCGAUAGGUAAAGUGUGGUACUCGGCUCUGAUGAAUAGAUCGAUCAUGGCUCCUGAUGUGCACGGAUACCAGCCUGGUAGGUGCAAGGAGACUCCCAUGCUGGUUUCCUCCAUCUUGGCGUGGAGAGCGCAGCGAGAGGGCAGAUCGUUUUGCAGGCAGUACUUUGAUGCCACUAAUGCGUUUGGCAGUAUCUCUCAAGUAAGGCUGAAGCUGGCAACGGCUGAACUUUUUGAGGGAGGUACGGUGCCUAUGGGACUCCAGAGGGUGGAUCAGGCCACCAUCUCGGUGCCGUGUGAAUUCGGGUCGGUGCUUUUGCGGCCUGGCUGUGGCGGAAUGAUGGGGGACCCGUUUAUGGUGGCGGCGUGGGUGAGGGCCUUUCAACCGAGUGUUGCGCGGUGGCGCAGUGCGAUGGCCGCUGAGGGUGUGAUGGAGGGACAGAUGGUGGCUACGAGCCCCUGUGAUCCAGACCCGAUCGACCUUGCACUGUGCCAGUAUGCUGAUGACCUGGAGCUUUCCCACCUGGGAAAGCCCAAAGAGCGUGCUGCUUCUCUCCUGGCGAGGGCUUUUGCUCCUGAACUGAAGGCCCGCAAGGCGGCCAUCUUUAAAGCUUUUUACUCCCUGGGCGGCUUCUGGUUUUUGAAAGGGGUCCCGUUUCGAUUGAAGCGCGCGAUGUUUCUGUAUUUUGUUGUGGGCACUGCUGUGCAGAAUUUGGAGGCGUACCUUCCGUCGUCCUGCCAGUUGGCAGACUUGCAGCAGGUGGUUGACCAGCUGGCAAGGAAGGCACUCCGAGGAUUGGCGCACGAGGAGGUAGAGGGAGUGCACUCGUCGUGGUCAAAUGAGCGCGUCAGAAAACACUGGAGGCUAUGCUCGCUUGCGGUUGAACUGAGGGUGCGUCGUCUUAAGAGACUUCAAGCCAUAGCAAAACGACCAGAAAGGCACAGGCAGUGGAUAGCGGCGCACUUCGGGGUCAUGAACUGGGAGAGGAUGGAGACGAUGACGGAGGAUGGGAGGCUCACGGAGAAUGCAAAUCCUUGGGCUCGUAGGGUACUAGAGGACCUGAAGGCCCUGCUCUCGGUGGAGGACGCGGAGUGGUUCUUGUCUGAGCUUCGUAUCACGUCGACUACUGAGCCUACUAGCGACACGCAUGCUUACCUUAGUGACCUGGUCUGCGAGACGGAGGCGAGGCAAGACUUUAUCAAGGAGCCGAAGUGGGCCCUGAAGAGGGGAGUGGAGGGACAGCAGGAGGGCGGGCGCAAGAAGCUGCUGACGGAGCUCGGAGGCGACGUCGGCGGCGGCAACAAGACGCAGAUGCUAGAGAGGAUGGUCAAAGUGUUGGCGGCCCUGGCACUGACACAGGCGGCGGAGCUCUGGGACCUGAUCGCCGCCGUGUACUUGACCUUUUUGAUCCCCGCGGCGUCGACCAUCGCGAAGGCGAUGAAGGAGGCGGGCAGGGACUACCACGCGCAGGCCAAGCGCAUCAAAGAAGGCCCGCCGUUCUUGCACGUGUUCAAGGCCAUGAUCAAGGCGGCGUACAGUGUCCAGGGCCUAUCGGAGGGGAGUCGCAAAGUCAUCGAGAAUUUUUGGAAGCAGCACGUCCUGCAGAGAGAGCUUCACGACCUGGCAGAGCAGAUUCGUCAUUGCCGUGUCAAAGACACGCGCAAGAAAGAGAGCCAGGCGGAGGUCAUGCGUAUCACGAUUUGUUUCAGCACGCAGUGGACGGAGCUGCAGGACGCAGUAAUGGAGGCGCUGAAGAAAGAGAAUGGCGUUCUGAAGGAAGCACCGCGGCCAGUGGUGGCGGUCACGCCCACCAAGCUGCGGCAGGCGGCGCCGCCCUGGCCAGAGGGUUGGCGGGCGCUGGAUAGCGAGGGCGACGUGCACCAGGAGGGUAGGGUCAUCGGGCAGCCGGCGGAGAAGCAGGUCGAGAGGUCCUUCCUGGGCAUGCGGCCCGCGGAGACGGGCUGCGGGGAGCUGCGCACCGUCGGCAGCGUCGGGGGCAGGCACGGGGUGCCCAGCGAGCUGGGCGGCGGGAUCGUGCCGCGCUCCUUCCACAGUUCUGGCGGGCUCGAUGCCUCCGACGGCGAGCUCAUCGCCCGCGCGCUGGGCAGAGAGUGCGGACGUGCCGGAGGCUGGCUCAACGGCAGGGCCCUUGCGGCUAAGCAUUGGCUCUGGUCCCCCUUCUACUCGUGGCUGGAGGCGGCGAUGCCUUCCGAGGGCCCGCUGGAUGGACCGCCGCGCCGCGACGACAUGGACUUGGAGUGCCUGGAUAUACCAGGGGCCCUGCGGCCAGAGGCCGCCACGGCGCGGCUGGAGAGCCUCGGCGGCGGGGACGGGGCCCCCGCGCCCCCGAGCACGGUCCUCGCCCCCAGAGGCCCGGCCUGCGCGCCCGAGGGCAUGCGGGCGCCGCGCCGUGCGGCCGUCCACCUCGAGGGGAUGGGCUGCCUCCCGCACCUGCUCGAGUGCCGCGUCGCCGCGGAGGCGCACGGGGGAGCGGCGUGGGCCGCGCGGGGCUCGCCGAGGGGCGAGUGCCGUGGGGCGCCACGGGGCACCCCGGAGGUGGACGAGCCAGCUGCCACGAUGCGGACGCUUGGCGCGGCUGCGCCGACCUUCGUGCACGCAUGUCAGCGCCGCGCGUGA